AUGCGUCUCCCAUACGUCGCCGACCCUCCCCCAGUCCAAACCGCUGAAGAUGCCGCCAUCGUGCAGCGCAUCCGCGAGCGCCGCGCUCCACGGCCUCUGCAGGCACUGGAUUUGACGCUCCUUCACUCUCCCCCCGUAGCAGACGGCUGGAACUCAUUCCUCGGAGCCGUGCGUACCAAGACUUCUCUCGCCGACGAUGUGCGCGAGCUGGCCAUCUCACGCGUCGCUGUAUGCAACAAGGCGUGGUAUGAAUGGGGACAUCACGCGCCACUGGCCAUCAAGGGCGGCGUGAGCGUGGAUGCCAUGGAGGUCGUGAAGAAGGAUGUUCUAGGAGAAAGGCCGGAGGGGCUAUUGAGUGAGAAGCAAUGGGCUGUGCUGGUGUAUACGGAUGAGAUGACGAGAAACGUGCAAGUCAAAGAUGAGACCUUUGCGGCGUUGAAGAGGCAUUUUAAUGAUCAAGAGGUUGUGGAGAUUACGGCAACGGUCGCUGCCUACAACUGUGUGAGCAGAUUUUUGGUCGCCUUGGAUGUUGGUGAAAAGAACGGCACUGUCCCCGGCCCUGUUUCUGAGUUGCCUUCCCAUUGA